CUUCCUUGGUAACCCACAUGCACCAGUGGAAACAGACCGGCUCUGUGUGUGUUUGGAGUUAACUCACCGAUUAUAACAGAUUAAAACAUUGAAUAAAUAACAAGUAAGGGGGCAUUAUUGGUUACUUAUAGGACUUGAAUAAACAACACAGCCAUGAAAAUCGAGGAAGUGAAAAGCACCACGAAAACCCAGCGUGUCGCGUCUCACAGCCAUGUGAAAGGACUCGGGCUAGACGAGGCCGGGAAUGCAAAGCAAAAUGCGUCAGGUCUUGUGGGGCAGGAGACCGCAAGAGAGGUAAGUUAGCCUAACUAGCUAGUUACGUGAAAACGUAAGUCUUGAAGUUGGCUACUUUUAGUUAUUUAGCCACCGUAUUUCCGAUAUCACGUGACUUUGCAGGUCAUUGUUCUUUAUUCUAUUUCUUAUUUUCAAUAUUUUAUGUUGUUCUUUACCUUUUUUUCUGUCAACAGGCUUGUGGUAUUAUUGUGGAACUGAUCCGCUCAAAGAAGAUGUCAGGAAGGGCAGUUUUACUGGCUGGACCUCCCGGUACAGGAAAGGUAGACAAAAUGUUACUGCAGUACUUCAAUGAUACCCCAAAGUAAUUGUGAAAUGUCUGAUAUGCUUACUGUGUCUCCAGGGGUGUAUUCACUAGGAACCAACCGAAGCGAACGAAACGGGGAGGGACCUACCUAAAUUUGUCCAAUAGAAACUCGUUUUUGUUGCAGAACAUACUUUUGGACUAAUGGUUAUACCUUUGUCCUCCACAGUAAUAGAAAGAAUACAAGACUUGAGACUUUAACCAACCCUACUUUGCACAAUCUCUCUCCCCCCUUGUAGACGGCCCUGGCUUUGGCUAUGGCACAGGAGCUGGGCAACAAGGUGCCAUUCUGCCCCAUGGUGGGUAGUGAGGUCUACUCUUCUGAGAUAAAGAAAACAGAGGUGCUGAUGGAGAACUUCAGGAGGGCCAUAGGUGAGGGGCCACACACAAACACGGGCCACUGGGAAUGGAUUACACACACACACACCUGGGUCAAUUGGAGACCAGAUAAAGCUGCACCCUUCAUUCACCAGCUACACCACCAUCAGAAUAGACUCCAGAGCCAGGGGUUCUCCUCCACACCCCUCCUACUGGGCUGACUAGGGUAGGGGAUCAGUGUGGCUGUUGACACUGGGGAAAAGGCUCGGAAGGGGUUUGUUCAAGUGUUGACAUUAUGGUAGGUAGCCUCGCGGUUAGAGCAUUGGGCCGGUAACCGAGAGGUCGCUGGUUCGAAUACCGAAGCCGACAAGGUGAAAAAUAUGUUGCUGUGCCCUUGAGCAAGGCACUUCACUUGAUGGCCGUGACCCCACUCCCACAUUUCCAUUACACACUUGUGUGUAACAGGACAAAUAUAAGCACCACCCCCAAAUAAUAAUAAUAAUUAUUCCCUGUCAUAGAGAAGGGAAUGGAGCUUGGGUUGAGAGAGGUGGUGGUCAGCACCCUCACCCCUCCCUUAGGACGGAACACAAGCGUUACGAUGGAGGGAAAGGGCAGGGUACAUUCUGAGCAUGUCGACACCCCCCUGAUGAGCAAUCUGAAAAACGGCCUCUCCCGCAGAAGUGUGCCCCCCCCCUCCUAUAGCCCAGCCACCUGUGCGCCACUCACACACCAAGAGACUGUAUGCAGAAGGAACAAGGGCUACAGUGUGAUCACAUUACACAGAGAGAGGACCAUGCACUGUACACACACUCACUCUCACACAGUCUCACAUUCUCCAAUAAAUGGUCUGCCAGGUAGACCAAAGGAUGUGGUGGUUUUAUUGAUUCAAGAGAAUAAAGGUUUUACAGAGUCUUCAUUCAGUGUGUGACCCUGACCCUGUCCUCCCUCCUCCAGGGUUGCGUAUUAAGGAGACCAAGGAGGUGUAUGAGGGGGAGGUUACAGAGCUGACCCCCUGUGAGACGGAGAACCCCAUGGGUGGUUACGGGAAGACCAUCAGCCACGUCAUCAUUGGACUGAAGACAGGCAAGGGCACCAAGCAGCUCAAGGUCAGGCACGAGUCGGAGACUAGACCAGGCCAUGUAGAAGUUGGCCUUAGACACAGAUCUAGGAUUAGGUUAGCCUCUCGAAAUCGCAGCUAUAACAGUUAGGGGAAUGUAAUGUAAAAUGGAGGGUGGGGGACACAAAACUGGCCCUAGAUCAGUGUCUAGGGACAACUUCAUUCUACUCAUGAAGGGGGCACAAAGCGCUCUGUAAAAACAAUCAGUUGUAUCUUACGGUCUGUGUCUCUGUGUUUGUGUGUAGCUGGAUCCCAGUAUUUAUGAGAGCCUGCAGAAGGAGCGUGUGGAGGCGGGAGAUGUCAUCUACAUUGAAUCAAACAGUGGAGCCGUCAAGGUAUCAAUACACUUCCACCUAUUUAAUACACUUCUAUACAAACACUCACUAUGAAAAGGCUCCCAUACACAAAUUACACAUUUACAGUGGCUCAAACAAUUCAAAAUCAAAGUAAUUGACAUACUACAAAAACUUACAAACAAGCACACAAACUAAGAAUGCACUAAAACAACACAGUGCGCUUUGCUGUGCCCUCCUGCCCCAGUCCAUGCCGGCUCUGUUUCAUCUCCGUCAGUCCUCCAUGCCGGCUCUGUUUCAUCUCUAUACUGUACGCUGGAAUGGACCCCUCUCAUUCCUCCAGCCCUUCAUCGGCCCGGGUUUUAUUCCCCCUAUCUCUCCAUCUCUCCUUCGCUCCCUCUGUUCUGGCGGACGGGCCUCGUGGCCUGUGUUGACACGUGUGUUGACGGCUUCUUUAAUUGGUGCAGGUGGGCCAAGGGUGCAGGUGGGCCCGGGGGGAGGGGUGGUCCUUACAUUUGUUGCUGUUGACAGCCCUUGCAGGACCCUCCCUGACUCUUACUCUUUCAUCCCCCCGCCUCUUUCAUGCCCUCCUCAAGUUGGCAUGGAGUCCAAUCAUUCCCCUGCUUUCCCUCUCCUCCCUUCUUUUUAUUCCCCUAUGAAGUGAUUGGCCUAGUUUCAGCCACCAGACCUCCUCUGAUGGGAUUGGGUUAGUACACUGAACAAAAAUAUAAAUGCAACAUGCAACAAUUUCAGGUUCAGGUCAUAAAAGGAAAUCAGUCAAUUGAAAUACAUUCAUUGGGCCCUAAUCUAUGGAUUUCGCAUGACUGGGAAUACAGAUACCUUACAAAAAAGUAGGGCGUGGAUCAGAAAACCAGUAAGUAUCUGGUGUGACUAGGGCUGGUCCCGUAUUACCGUCACACCGGUGGUCACGAGUCAUGAACGCAGUCAAAUUCCACGUGACCGUUUAGUCACGGUAAUUAGGCUUCUCCAAGAUCUGAUGCUGCUAUUGUCCCUCUAAACACUCCCAUCAAUGCAAAUGUAAUCGAAAAUCUAAUCAAACACUUCAUGAGUGCUCAUGUUGCGCAACAUUUCCAUAGGCUAUGCCAUUGCGUGAGAACAGUUUUGAUGGCCUCUAUUAAAAAGAGGAGGAUUCCAUCAGCUUUCUAUAGGCUAGGCCUACUAUUUAUUGAUCAACUUUCCUAAUAUUAAGCGCUUUGCUUUAAAACAGGAGCAUAGCCUACCUGGCUGGCAUGAAAAUUAAUCACGGGAAAAGCGUCCUCCAUUUGCUAUUUAAGUUUAUGUAUUUAUUUCCCCAUGCCCCUGUUCUGAGACUGGUGCAUGAUAAUGGUCCAUUCUAAAUCAAAACUAAUAUCACACAUAUAUUAUUUAGUAUAUGUAAAGACAACAUUAAAUGAAGAAUAGUCUGAUGGGUGACAAUAUUAGCCUAUCACUUGUGAAUGAUGCCCAGCUUGUGCAUUAAGGCAAGAAACAGCUCAUACUUUUUUUUUGUUGCUACUUUCUCAAAUCAUAGUCGCACACCUCAUGUAGCCAAGCCCAUAGGCCUAUAUGUUUUGAUAAGGUUUGUAUCACAACUAAAGUGGCCAAAUAACUUCUUAAAAUUAAGCACAUUCAUCUGCUUUAUGACCGGUUUAGAGCCUAACUGGCAUACAUAGGCUGCGUGUGAGUUUCAAGUUAAAGUUAACAUUUUCACUAUAAAAAUGCACCUUUAUAAUAAAGCAUUACAUGCAUAAUCGCAUUUGCCGUCACUUUCAAGAACAGUGUUUUCCCGCUAAUUGAUUGGAUUUUGGAACAUUCGCGCUUAUAGCCUACUGCCGUGUGCGCAUUGCUGCACUUAUGUGAAAAAAUGGCCUAAUAGUUUAUCAACAUUUUAAGCUAAACGAUCAGCCUCAUUGCUUUAAAAAGUGGUUGUAUUAAUUUGGGCUCUAUCGCAUCCCACAACUGUCCCAGAGUAUGUUUGGAAUAUUGAUUCCUUGCACAGAAGGACAAGUUGACCAAUAGAAUAGGUCAACUUUUGUACUAUGGCGGAUACUAGAUUGACAUAGGCUAGUGCUUUUGCUGUUCGUUAGGCCUACUCAUCUUGUUGGCUGAUGAAAAGUAGGCUAAAUGUGGACAGUUCUAACAUUUUCAAUAUGCGCCUCAGAAUUCGAUAAGAGGGACUUGUGCAGUUGCGUCCCUGAUGUGUCACUCUUUAUUCACUUGAAGCCUACUUAGCUGAAAUGCCUGUGAGAAGGACCCGAUCACGUGACAGGCAUUGGUUACAUCUGAGAGAGCCAUGUGAGUGAGGGGUGCUUUGGAGCACGGCAGCCAGGAGAAGGGAAUUAUAAUUAGCCUAUUAUAUUCAGCCCAAGGGCACAAUGGCCAUUUUGGCCGCAAAAGGCAUGGAUUUUUUAGGGGGCAUUAUGGUCACACAAGGUGGAUGCCGCCGGGACAUUUGAGGCCUGGUGAGAAUAUCAAGUGCUUGUCAAAUUGUGAAUGAGAGACUGAUGAAGUAUGUGCAACUUGCGACAUUUCUCAAAUCAUCAUUAGAGUCCCAUCAUGCAGCCUUAGAAUGUAUUAAACAUCAAAACAUAUAGCCCAACGUUUGUAUCACAACAAAAGUUGCAUAAAUAACUCUAAAUUAAGCAUAUAGGAGGACCAGUUUCUUUGUUAACCGCUCAACACAGAAUAGCCGCAUGUGCACACUUCCUUUGAAAUUGUUUGGAGAAAAUAUCCUUUAUAUUUUAUUAAGCUAUGUUCAAUUGUAUUCUUCGUAUUAUAAAAUAAAGCCAUGGAAUUCUAAGCAAAUCUUGUCUGCUAAAUGAACUACUGUAGCCCACAGCCAUAUGGCAUAGCCAGAUCAGGACCUAACAUAAGGACAACUCAGAGUAUGCUAUUCUGUUCUUCUGAAACAGACUACAUUUUCUUCAUAUCAUGUUUCUUUAGACCUGUCUAAAAUAAAUUAUGGAUUUAUUGUGAUGGUGUAGGCUAUAUUACAUGGAUUUAUUAGACUUUUUAAAAUGUAGAUGUUCAAAAGAUCUGCAUCUGGAGAUGCUAAUUAACGGUGAAUUACCGUGAGACCAGCAGUUAUUUGCUUGACAAUCACCUGUGACAAUUUCAUGACCACCACAGCCCUAGGUGUUACAACCAUUUGCCUCAUGCAGUGCAACACAUUUCCUUCACAUAGAGUUUAUCAUUAUCUUGGUGGAUGGAUUAUCUUGGCAAAGGAGAAAUGCUCACUAACAGGGAUAUAAACAAAUUUGUGGACAACAUUUGAGAGCAAUAAGCUUUUUGUGCAUAUGAAACAUUUCUGUGAUCUUUUUAUUUCAGCUCAUGAAACAUGGGACUAACACUUUACAUGUUGCGUUUAUAUUUUUGUUCAGUAUGCUUGUGUUCUGUGUUUAACCAUUCCGUCUGUGUGGUGUGUGCAGAGACAAGGUCGGUGUGACACAUUUGCCACAGAGUUUGACCUGGAGGCUGAGGAGUAUGUGCCGCUGCCCAAGGGGGACGUCCACAAGAAGAAAGAGAUCAUCCAAGACGUCACGCUACACGACCUGGAUAUUGCCAACGCUAGACCACAGGUACACACAGUCUCCCCUAGACCCUGGUUAAAGUGAAUAAGACUGCACUGCAGAUAUACACUAUGGGAAAAUAACUAUUGCACUAAAAAUAAUAGUGCACAAACAAAAACACACUUGAGUCUAUGUCUGCGCCCUGCAGUAAUCUAAAUGAUCGUUGGUAUGACCCCCCCCCCCCACCCCCGACUUACUCUUAAGGAAUAAAGUGUGGUUGCUCUCCUCUCAGGGAGGUCAAGAUAUCCUGUCUAUGAUGGGACAACUGAUGAAGCCCAAGAAGACCGAGAUCACAGGUAAGACCUCAACCACUAAGCUUAACUUUUUAAAACCCACAACCGUACUUAUAUCCUUGUAGUAAUAGCAGCUUGUACUUUCAAAACCCCAACCAACCCCCAAUAAACAUCACUCAAAAGAAACCCAUCCUUUCUGUUCUGUCCUUGCCUUUUGAUUGGCUCCCUUGCCUGACCCCUGGCUCUUCAUUGGCUCUUCCUGCUGUCCAUUAGACAAGCUGCGAGCUGAGAUCAACAAGGUGGUAAACCGUUACAUUGACCAGGGUGUGGCUGAGCUGGUCCCCGGGGUGCUGUUUGUGGACGAGGUGCACAUGCUGGACAUUGAGUGUUUCACCUAUUUGCACCGAGCCCUGGAGAGCACCAUCGCACCCAUCGUAGUGUUUGCUUCCAACAGGGGCAACUGCCUCAUCAGGUGGGUGGGUGUGUGUGCUAAUGUGCAUGCAUGUGAUUGCAACUCAGUUUGAAUGUGAGUAACUGUGACAGUCUGUUUUGGAAGCCAACUUUGCUCUAUUUACUAACCCUUCUGUGUGGUUGGUUUUUCAGGGGGACAGAGGACAUCAGCUCUCCCCAUGGCAUUCCUCUGGACCUGCUGGACAGAGUCAUGAUCAUCCGCACCAUGCUCUACACACCACAGGAGAUGAAGCAGGUGUGUGUGCGCCUCUCAUCGUGUCUGAGAUUGCAUUCCUAUAUAUAAAAUAUGAAGUGUGUGUUUAAGAGAUGGUAUGUUUAUAUAUGAAGUGUGUGGUCACUGGUGUGAUGCUGACAGCGUUUGUGUGGUCACUGUAGAUCAUUAAAAUCCGUGCUCAGACUGAGGGGAUCAACAUCAGUGAGGAGGCCCUCAGUCACCUGGGAGAGAUCGGAACCAAGACCACCCUCAGGUAACACUCACCAAUCUGUUACUCUGCAUGUGUGCACACACACUCCACUUGUCUCUAGUGUGUGUGUGUGUGUAUUGACUCACCUACCCCUCUCCUCUGUCAGGUAUGCGGCGCAGCUGCUGACCCCAGCCAGUCUGUUAGGCAGAGUCCAGGGGAAGGAGGGAGUAGAGCGGGAGCAGGUGGAGGAGAUCAAUGAGCUCUUCUAUGAUGCCAAGUCUUCCGCUAAGAUCCUCCAGGACCAGCAGCACAAGUUCAUGAAAUAAAGAACUAACACCCCUUCUAAAGUUCCUCUACCCUUCUCUACAUCCCUCCAUCCACAGUUUCUACCACAGAGUUAAGCAUCUCAUGUUUGGAAAGUCAUUGCCCUGGCAGUCUUUUUCUCUCCCAGUUCUCCAUGUAAAAUUCAUCCCUCUCUUCUUUCUUUUAUGCCUUAUUUCAUCCUUUCUCUUGUUCAACAACCCCCUCAAGCUGCCCCAUCAACUGUAGUGGUUUGUACUAUUCUGAUAA